UGUGUUGGGCUUUAAAGCCCAACAUAAUAUCCAAGAUUAACUAAUUGGAGCGUGUGCCAUCCACAAGCCCUUAAUACAUAAAUUGGCCCAUUAUAAGUUCACACGUGUACCGACGUUGAUCUUUGACCACCUUAAACUUCUCAGAACCAUCUGGGCUCUCGACACGUGUCACUCCCCCACCAUGCAUCCCGACACGAAUCACUUCUCUUCACCCAAAAAAAUCUUUACUUUACCACUGCAAAUAAUCGAUUUCUUUUUUUCUCAAGAAAAUUAGCUGAAUAAUUAAGUAGAGAAAUAAUCAAGAAUGGCCGGAGACGACGACGUCGUUCCGUUGCUGCCGCCGUUAAUUAACGGCGAUAUGGGAAAAAAUGGACGGCCGAAAGAGCCGUGGAAAGGUGAGUUCGUGAAGAGCAUUGUGUACGCCGGCCUCGACGCUAUCAUCACCUCUUUUUCUCUCAUCUCUUCCAUCUCCGCCGGCCGCCUUUCCUCCGUUGAUGUACUGGUGCUGGGAUUUGCGAAUCUAGUGGCGGACGGAAUCUCGAUGGGGUUCGGAGAUUUCAUGUCGACGAGCACCGAGAGAGACGUCGCCGCCAAGGAGAGAUCCGUCACUGAAUGGGACGUCGAAAACUGCCGGAGAAAUCAGCAACAAGAUUUAGUCCGGCGGUACCAGUCCCUCGGGAUGAGCACCACCGACGCCGCCGCGGUCGUCGGAAUAUUCGCGAGAUACCCGGACAUACUCGUCGGCGAAAAGAUGGCCGCCGAGAAGGGGAUUCUGACGCCGGACCAAUCGGAGAAGCCGUGGAAGAACGGUCUCGUCACGUUCGCGGCGUUUCUGUUCUUCGGGUGCGCUCCGAUACUGGCGUUCAUCGUACUGAUUCCGUUCACGAAUAGCGACAAAAUGAAGUUCGUCGGAGCGUGUGUAAUGUCGGGAUUAGCCCUGGUGUUUUUGGGUAUUGCGAAGGCGAAGAUUGCGGGUCAAAACUACGCCGUUUCGGCGGGUAUUAUGCUCUUCAACGGUGCGAUUGCUGGUGCUGCUGCUUAUGGGAUCGGGUGGACCCUACGUAAUGUGGCUGGCUUGCAAGAAUAAUCAAUAUUUUGUUGAUUUUAAUUUUUGUUACAUUAAUUAAUUAAUAUAUUUUCAAUUAUAUUGCUUUUGUGUUUUGAGAACUGUGGUGUCAUAAUAUCUAUGAUUGAAUAUGUUUUGAGGUAAUUUUGUAGAGGUUAAUAUAGUUUAUGUU